UAAAGUUUUAGACUAGUGUUAGAUCUGAAACGGACGGAGCAGAAAUGGCAAGAAAGACAACACGCUGCUUUAGCGUUCUCAUGAUUUAUCUGAGCUACAUCUUCAGCAUUAGUCAAGGUUAUGAGUUCGAGGUGAUCCAGCCACAGACUCAGAUGAUAAACCCUGACAGAUCAGCCUCCAUUAGCUGCGAACACAAAGCAAAUGCCAGCACAGUGUUGGAUGUUCGACUCAACAGCAUUCAAUCAGGAGAACCCAAGAUGCUCUGCCAGAAGGGAAAGAAACCCUGUAAGGACAUGGUCCUGUAUCAAGAGAAUGACAAGAAGUUCAUUUUCUUCAUAUUCAACAUUGACCAAAAGGCAAUGAAAAUAAAAUACCAGUGUGAGUUCACAGUGGAACAUGAAAACAUCCAUCAUGACGGAACAGGAAAUACAUCGACCACACUGCUAGAGGGUCAAAAUGAAGCUCACUGCAAAUCUGAUCAAUGGACUGUCCUGGAGUUUAUUCUGAUUGGUCUGCUGGCUCCGACGUUCCUGUACAGCUGUGUCAUCACCUUGUUCUGCUUCAGACAGAGAGCGAAUAGCAUUGAAAACUCCUGUGAUCCUGAAAACUCCACGUACGUGGAAAUGAGGAAAGCUCCACCACAAAGGAAUCCAGACUUUGACAUGAUGUGCUAUGGGCAGCUGAAUGACCCAACCUCAAACUGAAUCCCUCCAAGGGUGGCCUAAUACUGGUCAAAAUGACAAGAAAAAACACAGACAUGUCAGAAAUGACCAUGCUUGUAAACCUUUUAUUUUUAAACCUCAUCUCUUUGUCAUAUUGUCAGAAAGAUAUACUGCUGUAGAUAAACAGCAGAGGGAGACAAAGAUCACUCAAAUGCUCUCCUGCACAUCUGCUUUCAUGUAUGUCUGGAACAUUAUAUUUUCCUUUAUGUAGCACAUUAACAUGUACAGUUUAUUGUUACUUCUGAUACUAAUUCUGUUAAUUCUGUGACCAGCAUUCUAAUUAUGUGAUAUUUACUUGCCUUAAUAGUUUUUGUGUGUGUUUUUACCUAAUUGUUUCCUGUGUGAAUGCCUUAAAUGCAAAUGGCCAAAUGCUGCAGAAAAUUCCUUUUAGAUCAGGCAGAUAUUGGCAAGUUUCUCCCUUUUAACUCCAGAUAGGUUCAGUUAUUUAAGUUGAUUUAAACAUUUUGACCUCAGAUGAAGAUGGCACAGUGGCAACAAAACUCUGUUUUAUUUUUUAUUUUUAUUUUUUUGUAUCUUUUAUGUUGAUUUAGAUUCUGUCUUACUCAAUUUUCUAACCAUACAUAGCCAAUAGUUUUAAGGAUAUUUGGAAAGCCAGUCGGAUUUUAGGAGGCCCUGGUCGGCCUUGGCUACCACUGGUUCCUCCCCUAAAACACCAUCGGUACAGCCAUAAGCCCUAAUAAUCCAUCAAGGCAUUAUAAAUCAAAAUAUUUAUUAUUAUUAUUAUUAUUAUUACUAUUAUUAUUAUUAUUAUGUGGGUUGCCAAUAUGUUUUCCAUUUACAGUGUUGUCUUCAUUCAGUGGCAAAAAAACGUAAACAGAAUGUUUGUUUACAGAAAUAGCAUGGUGGCACUGCCGUGUGCUGAAACUACGAAGUAUAACACAAGCACAAGCUUCAUGUUCAGAUAGGGGCCAUAUUUCAUUUAAUGUUUAGAAUUUACCGCAGACCAAUCAAAAAUGGCCUCCAAACUGUAGUUUGGACACCCCUGCUCUAGGGAGAUUAAUCUUGCACCAAAAUGUGAACAACAUCCAUUCAGGCCAGCAUAAACUAAUAUGAAAUAAAACCAACAAAAGACCUCUGUAAAAUACAUGGUUAAAGCAUCACUUGAUGAUGUGUAAAGAAUGGCAGAUGACAAAUUCAAGGUAAUACAGAGCACAAAAUGCUGAUUUCACCUGGAAUCUAUCAAACAAAGCCAAACUGUUGUAUUUUUGCUCCAACAGUGGCAUAAUGCCACCGUAAAGCAAGCACCAGUCUUUUUUGCUACAACAAAUCAGAAUUACUUUUCAUGCAUUAUUUGAAGUCUAACUCCCUAUCAUUUUGUUUUCUUUACCAUAUCUAAUUUGAAAAUAUAAUCUUUAUUGUUUGGAAGUUAUGUUAAUAUGUAUCUUAUUUUAUAACAUGUUUGAUACAUUGAAAGUGAUACCAAAGAAUGAUUCGACUAUGUAGGACUGAGAAGAAUGCUUGUAAUGUCCCUGAAAACCUUUAUGUUUAUGUUGAUAUGUCUCUGGAAAUGCAGUUGUGCUGUUUAUGUUGUU